AUGGAAACUGUAGUUUCCUUUGCUGUGACGAAGCUGACUGAUCUCUUAGCACAAGAAGUUGGGCUUCCCCAAGGAGUAGAUGAUGAACUGAGGUCCUUCCUUGAUCUGCUCUACAACAAAGAUGAUGAUGAACGUGCUAAGCUUUGGGUGAACCAGGUACGAGAUCUUGCUCAUGACGCUAAGGACAUAAUCGAUGAUUACAUCUUCAGAAUGCAUCAACAGACAUCCACCAGCAGUUACCUCUCUUUCUUAAGAACAUUUGUUGUUCUCCCUUCCAAACUUGCAAUCCUCCAUGACUUUGCCAAUAAUAUUGGCAAAGUCAAGGGGAGAGCUCAGGAGAUCUAUGCUAAUCGAAUUUAUACGUUUGCCAAUCAAAGCAUCGGAGCUGGCACUUCUUCAGACCCAUUGACCAGUACUGAAGCAAGAUUACCAUUGAUGAGCAGGAGACAAAGUGCAGUUGUGGAGGAGGUGGACGUUCUCGGCUUUCAUGAACAUUUCCGGGCAUUGGUAAGAAUGCUGAUGGGGGAUGAUGGGCAUCAGAGGCGUGCUGUCGUAUCGAUCACUGGCAUGGGAGGCCUAGGCAAGACCACUCUCGCCAAGAAGAUCUUCUCUGAUCCUGACAUCAGGAGGCACUUUACAUAUCAAGCAUGGAUCUGGGUCUCACAAGAUUAUCGAGCUCGAGAAGGGGCUGUUAAUAGUUUCUUGCAAAGAAAGAAGUACUUGGUGAUCUUAGAUGAUAUAUGGAGCAAAGGAGCUUGGGAUAGCAUCAAAGAAGUGCUACCAGAUAUGAUGAAUCGAAGUCGAGUGUUGUUAACCACUCGCAACCAGGAUGUGGCAUUGUAUGCAGAUAGGCAGAGCCCUCCCUACGAUCUCAAGUUCUUGGGAGAAGAAGAUAGCUGGGAGUUGUUCUGCAAGAAGGCAAUUCCAACAAAGUGGAGCAAGGAUUGCCCACCACAAUUGGAAUCUAUAGGAAGAGAGAUGGUGGCAAAAUGUUGUGGCUUGCCGCUUGCCAUCAUUGUAUUGGGUCGCCUAGUGUUAACCAAACGUCAAUCAGUGGAGGAAUGGAGGAAGUUGCUAAAAAGCGCAAAUUGGCACCUAAGGCAGGGUGAAGAGCAGAUACCAGAAAUACUAGCUCUCAGCUACCAUCAUCUGCCUUAUUACAUCAAGCCAUUCUUUCUCUACUUUAAGGGGUUUAUCCAACCUAGGGACCAAGAAACAAUGGAGGACGUUGCGGAGGAUUACCUCGAGGAAUUGGUGAAUUGGGGUUUGAUUCAAGUGGUGGUGAGACAUCACCAUGGAGGCAUCAAGAUUUGUCAAAUUCAUGAGCUUCUUCAUGACCUCUCAAUCUCCCUUGGCCAAGGUAUGAACUUCAUUCAUAUUCCUAACAAUGACAAUCAGCGGAAAAUUUUACAUAAACCUCGUAGACUUGUUCUCCAUCAUGAUGACAAGAAUGCUAGUUGCAUUGCUCGAUUGAAGUCUAGCAACUUUACUUCACGUUUGCGCACUAUAACUGUCAUGGACAUGGAGAAGAGGACCUCUAAAAUGGAGAAAUUCUUCCAUAACAUGAAGUUGCUAAGAGUCAUAAAUCUCCAGGCUACAGGAAUCAAGUCAUUGCCUGAUGACAUAGGAAAGUUAAUUCAUUUAAGGUACUUGGGUUUGCGUUAUAUAGAUCUAAGAGCGCUGCCAUCCUCCAUUGGCAGACUCACUAAUUUGCAAACUCUUGACAUAAAAAAUUCUAUCCAUAUUAGUGAGCUACCAAGUCAAAAAGCCACUGUCAGCUGUAGAGAAAUUAUUCAGAAUAAGUUUCCUGCCCAGCAUCUCAUUGGUACAGAAAGAAAAAUCACCAACGUGGGCCACAGUUCUAGUAACAAUGGAAUGCAUGGGGACUUCGGGAUUAGACGAGACAGGAGGAUAUUGGGAAGGUUCAUAUGGGUUGUUUUCAAUGCGAUUGGUGGGUGGAGGGCCGCCCACUGCCAACGACACAGGAGCCGCCACGUAAGCGGUGUAAGACGGUGCCUCGGCGCUCAGUGUCUUCUAUCUCCAGACCGGCUGCAGAUUGCGAGGUCAUGUGAGCAGCAUGAACAGCGCCACCACCACACCCCCGAGCUCGGCCACGCUGGCGAGAAACUAGAAGCCACGGCCGAACUCCGAUUUCGGGUUAUCUUCAGCACCAGGGACAAAAAUAGGAUCAACAGAGUCCAUGCAUUGAUCAGCGUCAUGCGAGACCUGGGAGCUGGUCCAUGGUUGCAGAAUGGUUUACAAAAGAUGACAAAUCUUAGUAAACUAGGCGUUCAUGAUGUCACUUCCACUUAUAAGCAAGCAUUUUUAGAUUGCCUUGGCAAACUAGACGAUCUCACUAAAUUGGCAUGGAAAACAGCGGAGGAUAGUACGAUACCUAGCUCAAUAUUCUCCGCUGGUCAACACAACAAUAAUCUCCAAGUUAUUUAUUUGCGAGGCCCAUUGGAGGGGCUGCCAAAUGAUAAUUGCAUGCCUACAAACCUCACCAAAUUGACCUUGGAAUCAACCAGGCUUCAAGAAGAUCCCCUACUGAUGUUAGGGAAACUGGGUAACCUUCAGGUUCUUAGGUUAAGAUACGAUGCUUUUGUUGGGAGGGAGAUGGUUUGUUCGGAGAAAGGAUUCCCCCAGUUGAAAGUGUUAGAAUUGAAUUCCUUGUUGGAAUUGAAGCUGUGGAGGAUUGAGGACGAAUCCAUGCCAAGCUUAGAGAAUUGGAAAUAG